AUGACUAUCAUAGGGGUGUACGUGUGCUGCAAUGGGAAUGAGCAGAAAGGAAAAAGGAUGACCCUGAAGGGUCAGGAAAAGAAAGCAGGGACCAUGACUUACUAUUCUUUGUACAGCCAGCAUCUAGCCAAGAGAAUUCACGGGGCUGUUGAAAUAGAGCAAAGUCCACAAGAUUUCCAUCGAGAUGUGCUGAGCAAAGGCCGGAGCCCCAGAAGAAAACAAGUGCAGACUCUGAGCAAAGCUGCCCUCACCUAGAGCGUGAACUCGCUGCCCCUGGGGUCUGGGUGAUUGGCAAUGAGCGCUGUGAUGUUGGCAUUCAUGAGGGAGCUCCCCGGCUGGUUCCUGCUCGCUGGGGUCUUCCUACCUGUGACCUUGCUGCUGCUUCUUCUCAUCGCCUACUUCAGGAUCAAACUGAUGGAGGUUAAUGAAGAACUGUCGCAGAGUCCCCAUGACCAGCACAAACGCAAGGCUGGCUCUUACCUGUACCAGCGGAUGAAAAGAACGUGACUUGGGGACUGAUCGAUCCAUGGCUAAAGCGCAGCGAAUGUCUA